AUUUCUGGAAGCUGUCAAUCAUUACGUGUUAUGACAUGUCAGCAAAAUUACUCGUCAGCUGACUGGCAAAUUAAAGUUUCAUAAAUUGAACUUGCCUGCAAAACAACCUCGACAUCGUAAGAGUUGCCUUUGCUCUUCUGGUGUCCUCGGAACUUGGAGCCGCUGUACAGAAGCGAGGCGACAACCCCGGGCUGGUGGGUGUUGAUCGGGGGAGCCGGGAUAAGCGAGGCCGAGGAUGUGAAGGCCAUGGGGGUGUUACGGAGGUAUCCAGCGGGGACAGGCAUGAUUCGGGUACCGCGGGGAGGACACCGAACGCAGUCAGUGGCCGUCCGGGCGAUAGACGUGGGAAGGGGGUACGGAGAGCACGAAUGAGGCGGCUCACCUACAUCCAAAUGCCUCCAAAUGUGUAAGCACUUUAGUCACCAACAGUCUUGAGUAAAGUAAGCGGACUUUGACGCAGGUGCCGUAAGGCAGCAGCAUCCUCCUCUCUCAUUAGCUGAGGAAUUUCAGUGAUCUAAAACCUCGCUCCUGACUGGCUUAUUUAGCGCAAUGCUGUCUGGGAAGUGUGCGGAUGUAGUUUUCUCCGCUCUGGUACUGUUCCAUUCUGGUUAAUUUUAUAACCACCAUGGAACUACGGUUCCCAUGUAUCUGGGAAUUCUGUCGAAUCUGCGGUCUGUCAAACACGGAAGGUCACGCUCAUGUAGAGAUGCGAUGCAUUGCAGUGAGAUGUGUGUGGAAAUACAAUCGUAUUUCUCCAAAUGGUGAGUCUUAGAUCAGUCAACCUUCAACUACUCGUUGGUCGUUUCUUAUAGUGACCGCAAUGUUUCCUACAUUUUGAAUAGCGACAAUAUCCGGCAUUCAUAAUUCCUGCUAGCUAACGUUAAUGCAAGUUUUGAACCCCACUUGAAUUGGGAAAACCUGUUUGUUAAUAACUCUCUGUCACUGACACGAUGCUGAGGAAUCUUGUGAGAUUGCACAGUCGUGUGGGGCAUGCCCUCUCUCCCCCCAUUGCCUGCCCAAGAAGUCUAGCUCUCAAGCUGCCGCUCCCUCUACUCUCUGUGAACUCAAAAUAUUACUCCAUUAUCACAGAAAGAAAGAAAUUCUACGAGGAUGUCAGCAUAUCCCACGGAGAGGGUGGCAUGUUUGAGAUCAACCUGGACCAACGGAAACUGAAGACACCAGGAGGAAAGCUGUUCACAGCCCCCAACGAAGCCUUAGCCAUUGCCGUGGCGAAUGAGUGGGAUACUCAGAAAGACACGCUCAAGUUCUACAGCAUGCAUAUGACCACUCUCUGCAACACAGCCCUCGAUAACCCUACAUUCCGCAGCAAGGACCAAAUAAUCACUGCUGCCCUCAAGUAUCUGGAGACUGAUACAAUUUGUUACAGAGUUGAGGAGCCUCCAUCUUUAGUGGAGCUUCAGAAUAAUGAAUGGGACCCUGUGCUGAACUGGAUUGAAGACGGGUACAACGUAGUCAUUGGCUCUUCUACCAAUAUACUGGGGCCUGAGAUCCCACAGGCAACGAUGAAUACUUUUCGCCAGCACCUGGGUUCCUAUAACUUCUGGUCCCUGACAGGACUGGAGUAUGUGAUCACCCAGCUGAAGUCUGUGGUGCUGGCAUUUGCAUUGAUUGACAAACACAUUACAGUGGAGCAGGCUGUGCUGCUGUCAAGACUAGAGGAGGAGUUUCAGAUCGGGCAUUGGGGAAAUGUAGAGUGGGCUCAUGAUGUUGACCUGUAUGAGCUGAGAGCACGUACAGCAGCAGGGGCUCUGUUUGUACAUUUCUCCUCUGAGAGUUCAACGGUCAAACGCAGACUCAUGCAAGACUAAGGAGGCGCUUCCCUGAGUCAAACAUACAAGCUCAGACAGCACUCUAAGAGCAAAGACAACAAAGGCGGUGUACUAGCCUCUGACUGGGAAGAAAUCCCAACUCAUUAGGACAUGAAUUUAUCUCUGGUGUUGUCCUUGGUGGAACAAAAACACAUAUUUUAUCUACCCAGGUCCGUGACAUAAUCUGUAGUUUAUAAAACGUCCUGUGAUGAUUCAUUUCAGUAAAGAGGAACCGUCUCCUCUGCCACUCCUUCCCUGUAAAGUACAGCCAAGUAUGAUGAUCAUCUCUUCUACAUGUGUUUUGAAUCACUAACCAGGUUUCCAUCCAACCUUUUUAUGGGAGUAAAGUACACGUGGGACAAAAAUAUCAUGGCAGGCUUGAUGGAAACAGAACAUUUGUCUGCAAACUUUACAAAUGUUGACAAAACACAAUAUGAUAGACAAGUUGGGAUAUUUUUGUAUCUGUCAAAUUAAUUACAUGAGAAACGUUGGUGGAAAUUACUUGAAAAUAAGUAUUGAUAUAUUAACCAUCAUAUCGAUGUAAAUUUGGGAACCACUGUAUUGGGCUACGGAUUAAAUAAAGUGUAAGGUGAUCAUCUCAAUUGAUGCCCCUUUCCAAUAAAUAUAGAGGGUCUUAUUCUGGUGACAUGAUCAUCGAUGCUUGGCUGCUGUUUGACACAAAAUAAUCUCGUUAUGUACAAUGGCCUAUCCGCACGUGCUGUUUGCUAGAGCGCACGUGCCAAUACCAGAGUGGGCACACUCGCUAUAUAACGCACUUUUUUUUGAGAGGGAACUAUCAGUAGAGUUGAAAAUUCGAUUGAAACCCAUUUCACUUGUUUUUGUUAUUCGGUACAUGGGUUUUUAACGCAACGGGUAGGUGCGUUAUGUCAUCACGCAUCUACGUCAUUGAUGGAACCAUUUAUCUGGGUGGGAAAAUGCGUAUUUUGUUCUUAUGCAGAUUUUUGAAUAUUCGUAUGAAAAUCUGUUCCCAAUUGGAUGAAAACCUAGCUAGGUACCUCAGUCAUCAGUGACUUUUUGGAAUGUCGGAUGUUUUUAUGGAAACGGUAAGUGUUACCCUCUGUCUGUUUCUGCCCAGACGUCUCACCCACUCCCACUGUAUUUAUUAUGUGGUGACUAGCUUGUACAAAGUUUACUCUUUUGCUUCAGUAGAAAUUGAACAAAUCUAUCAAUGGGUCAAACUGACUCAAUUAUGUUUGUUACAUGCAGAGCAGGGACAUAUAUCACCAGCUUUUUUGUCUAACAACUUUGCAUCAAACCCUAAAUGCAUUAGAAUACAAAUGACAUGGAAACACUUGUAUUUUUUAUUCAUUGAAUUAUUGUCUUGUUGACGUGAGAAGGUUGCUAUGUAAACAUACUUUCUCAAGGGUUUACAUUGGAUUGUGUCCACUGCACAGAUUGUAAAAUCCUAUUAAGUUUAAAAAACCUAAAACCAAAAUGAGUAGGUUUUAUUGUUGGUUGUUAUUUAUUUACAAUAAUAAUGUAAAGAUAGAUGUUAAUGUUGCUCAAUCAGAUUGACAUGCGGGCGGGGCUUACUUGUUCCUUUCCCAUGAACUGGUGACUUCGUACAAAUUGUUUGUUGUCGAUCAAGAUGGAGUUCCUUUUGGGAAAUCCAUACAGCACUCCUGUGGGACAUUGCAUUGGUAAGUCUUUAUAAAAUAAACUGUGAUUGAAAGGAAACGUCA